GUCUGUGACAGCUGCAUGAGCCAAGGACUAUCUUUCCGAUUCGGCUAACCUGAAUUCCUGCUGGCUGGGGUGGGGCGCUAUAUUUAGAGGCACAGGAUUAUAUUGCAGGGGCUUCAGGCUGGGCUCUCUACAUUGCUCAGCCCUUUCCUGCCAGAACCGUGAGCCAGAUAAGAAGUGCGGUCCCCCUGUCUCCCCUCCACCCGGACACACACUUCCUCCGCAAUGGAUCUGAAAAGCAUGAAGGAAGACCUGCGGCUCUACCAGAGCACCCUGCUCCAGGACGGCCUGAAGGAGCUCCUGAAUGAGAACAGGUUUGUGGACUGCACCCUCAAAGUGGAGGACCGCAGCUUGCCCUGCCACAGGCUCAUCAUGGCUGCCUGCAGCCCCUACUUCAGGGAGCUCUUCUUCUCUGACGACGGGAAAGAGGAGGAGGGAAACCAGGAGAUUGUCCUGGAGAACGUGGACCCCGCGACCAUGGAAAUGAUCGUUAACUACCUGUACUCGGCGGAGAUCGACCUCACCGACGAGAACGUCCAGGACGUGUUUGCCGUGGCCAACCGCUUUCAGAUCCCCUCCGUGUUCACGGUGUGUGUGAACUACCUGCAGAGGAAGCUCUCCCUGUCCAACUGCCUGGCCAUAUUCCGGUUGGGGCUGGUCCUCAACUGCCCUCGGCUGGCAGUGGCUGCCCGGGACUAUAUCGCUGACCGCUUCGAGACCCUGGCCAAGGAGGAGGACUUCCUCCAGCUGGGUCCCCACGAGCUCUUUGCCCUCAUCGGCGGGGAUUCCCUGAAUGUGGAGAAGGAGGAGGUGGUGUUCGAGGCUCUGAUGAAGUGGGUCCGCUGCGACAAGGAGCAGCGGGCCAAGACCCUGAGCGACGCCUUCGAAUGCAUCCGCUUCCGCCUGCUCCCAGAGAAGUACUUCAAGGAGAAGGUGGAGAAGGACGACAUCAUCAAGGCCGACCCAGAGCUCAUGAAGAAGGUCCAGGUCAUCAAGGACGCCUUUGCCGGGAAGCUCCCCGAGAAGACCAAGAAGAAGGGCGAGUCCGGGGAGGAGGGAGAGGGCGAGGACUUGCUGCCCGGCUACCUGAACGACAACCGCAGGCACGGUAUGUACACCAAGGACCUGAUCCUGAUGAUCAACGACACGGCUGCGGUGGCUUAUGACGCCAACGAGAAUGAGUGCUUCCUGGCCUCCAUGGCCGAACAGAUCCCACGGAACCACGUCAGCCUGACCUCGAAGAAAAACGAGCUCUAUGUCCUCGGGGGCUUGUUUGUGGAUGACGAAAACAAAGAAGCCCCAUUGCAGUGCUACUUCUACCAGCUGGAUAGUCUAGGCUCUGAUUGGAUCGCCCUCCCUCCCAUGCCAUCCCCCAGAUGUCUGUUCGGUAUGGGAGAGUACGAAAACCUCCUCUUCGCAGUGGCUGGAAAAGACCUCCAAACUGACGAGUCGCUGGAAUCUGUCAUGUGUUAUGACAUUGGAAAAAUGAAGUGGAACGAGACCAAAAAGCUGCCGUUGCGGCUCCACGGGCACUGCGUGGUCUCCCAGUAUGGGCUCGUGUACUGCAUCGGUGGAAAGACAGAUGACAACAAAGCCAUCAACAAGAUGUUCGCCUACAACCACAAGCAGUCGGAAUGGAGGGAGCUGGCUGCUAUGAAAACGCCAAGGGCAAUGUUCGGAGCGGUCAUUCACAACGGGAAGAUCGUGGUGGUCGGAGGGGUCAAUGAAGAGGGCCUCACGGCCGGGUGUGAAGUCUACGACUUUGGAACCAACAAGUGGGAAGCCUUCCCAGAGUUCCCCCAGGAGAGGAGCUCAAUCAACCUGGUCAGCAGUGGAGGCAGUUUGUAUGCUGUCGGAGGCUUUGCCAUGGUCCAAAUGGAGAACAAAGAAUGUGUCCCCACAGAGGUCACAGAUGUCUGGCAGUACGAGGAGGACAAGAAGCAGUGGAGCGGGAUGCUGAGGGAGAUGCGCUACGCGUCGGGGGCCACCUGCGUCUCCAUGCGGCUCAACGUCACCAAGAUGCCCAAACUCUAAAGGCGGGGCCUCGCGCCCGAGUCCCGGCAGACGCACCCCGCGGUCCCCGGUCCUCUUUAGGGCCGCCGCUGCCCUUCCGGAUUAUAAAUAGGCUUUCAGCGCACAGGCAAUGGUGCAGACAGAUAGAGAGCCUGAGUGAGAGACAGGACUGUGAGCAGCCGUUUGCACAUUCGGAUUCAGCCGUUUCUGCGGCCUGUGAACAGCCGUGUAACCACCUCAGUAAAUCACCACUUUGAGCUGUGUUAUUUCUACUGGAAUUUAGUUAUACACACAAUGUAUUUAAUUUUUUUUUGUUUUGUAUAAUAAACAUUUGUAAACUAC